AUGAAGUCUACCUCCCGAUUCGUCUAUAGCUUGAAAUCUACCUCCCCAUUCGUCUAUAACGUGAAGUCUACCUCUCAUUCGUCUAUAACGUGGUCUACCUCCCGUUUCAUCUAUAGCGUGAAGUCUACCUCCCCAUUCGUCUAUAGCGUGAAGUCUACCUCCCCAUUCGUCUAUAGCGUGAAGUCUACCUCCCCAUUCUUCUAUAGCUUGAAGUCUAUCUCCCAUUCGUCUCUAGCCUUGAAGUCUAUCUCCCCAUUCGUCUAUAGCGUGAAGUCUACCUCCCCAUUCUUCUAUAGCUUGAAGUCUAUCUCCCCAUUCGUCUAUAGCGUGAAGUCUACCUCCCCAUUCGUCUAUAGCGUGAAGUCUACCUCCCCAUUCUUCUAUAGCUUGAAGUCUAUCUCCCCAUUCGUCUAUAGCGUGAAGUCUACCUCCUCAUUCUUCUAUAGCUUGAAGUCUAUCUCCCCAUUCGUCUAUAGCGUGAAGUCUACCUCCCCAUUCGUCUAUAGCGUGAAGUCUACCUCCCCAUUCUUCUAUAGCUUGAAGUCUAUCUCCCGUCUAUGGCGUAUAAUAUUGAAAAUUUGGAAAAUAUUGAAAUUUAUUGGAAAAACAUCGAAAAUAUAG